AGAAAGCUGCGAAAAAAAUACCGAUGAAGGUAGAAACUAGCAGUUCUGACUCAUCUGAUUCUGAGGAAGAGCAGAAGACUAAGAAGACUACUAAGAAAGUCACUGCGAAGGAUGAUUCAUCAGAGGAUGAUUCUUCUUCAGACGAGGAAACCGCCCCUGUGAAGAAGCAAACAGCAAAAGCUCUUAAGAAUUCAAAGGUCGAGAGCAGCUCAUCAGAGGAUGAUUCUUCUUCAGACGAGGAACCUGCCCCUGCAAAGAAGCAACCUGUUAAGAAAGACAGCUCAUCCGAGGAUGAUUCUUCUUCAGAUGAGGAAACUGCCCCUGUGAAGAAGGUACUACCGUCAGUUACUAAGAAGGCCAAGGCAGACAGCAGUUCAUCUGAUGAUGGAUCUUCAUCUGACGAGAAACCUGCCCCUGCAAAGAAGCAACCAGCAGGUGUUGAAAAAACCAAGGCAGAAAGCGGAUCAUCUGAUGACGAAACAUCUUCAGACGAGGAACCUGCCCCUGCAAAGAAGCAACCUGUUAAGAAAGUCAGCUCAUCCGAGGAUGAAUCUUCUUCAGAUGAGGAACCCUCCCCUGCAAAGAAGCAACCAACAGUUGUUGAAAAGCCCAAGGCAGAAAGCGGCUCCUCUGAGGACGAAUCUUCUUCAGACGAGGAACCCACAUCUACCAAGAAGCAGCCAACAGUUGUCAAGAAUGUCAAACCAGCUGCAAAAGACUCAUCAUCCUCAGAGGAACAUUCUGACGAUGAGGAAAGCAAUGAUGAAAAACCUCUUUCGAAGAAGGAUAAAGUUUCAUCAACAAAAACUUCUAAACAAGAAAGCUCUAGUGAGGAAUCUGAUGAGGAGGAGAGUAAAGAUGAAAAAGUGACCCGAAAGAAAAAGGAUUCUGAUAUUGAAAUGGUGAAUGCAGAGCAGAAAUCAAAUGCAAAACAGCCAAAGAAGCAAGGAGGAUCAAAGACGCUUUUUGCUUAUAAUCUUUCCUUCAGAAUUAAUAGAUCUGACAUAGAGGAUUUCUUCAAAGAAGCUGGUGAAGUUGUCGAUGUUAGAAUUGCUUCACGUGAAGAUGGUACUUUAAAGGGAUUUGGGCAUGUUGAAUUUGCUUCUGCAGAUGCAGCUCAUAAGUCAUUGCAACUGAACGGUAAAUCAUUACUAGGCCGCAUAGUUUAUUUCGAUCUUGCUUGCGAGAGGGUUGUAUACAAUACUCCACGAAGCAGCAAUUCUGGUGACAACUACCAGAGUGGCGGCAUAAGAGGAGGAAGCCGGGGUCAAAGGAUUUUUGUUAAAGGAUUUGAUUCUUCUCUUGACGAAACUGAAAUCAGGCGUGCCUUGAGAACUCAUUUUAGUACUUGUGGAGAAGUGGCAUGGAUUUCUAUUCCAACAAAUCGUGAGACUGGUGCUAUCAAGGGGAUUGCUUUCAUAGAUUUGAAGGAUGGAUUUACAAAGGCGUUGCAACUGAAUGGAAGUGAAAUUAGAGGAUGGAAAAUUGUGGUGCAAGAGGCUAGACCGAGAGGAGAGACUGGUGAUGGUAGUGGUGGUCGUUUCUCAGCAAACCAUGUUUGAUUGCAUGCAUCAGUCCAAGGGAAGAAGGCCGUCUUUAUUGGUGAUGAGUAGAAAGUCUUCUGUUGAAGAGGGCUCUUGUUUUUCUUCUAUCCCUUGUAGCUUUUCUGGCCUAGAUUUUUUUUUGUUUUCUGUUAGUUGAGAAUUAACUCUUCCUUAAGAGAGCCAAGAUUUAUGUUGGUUAACUUGGCUUUUUACACUUUGUAUGUAGACUCUCUUUGAACUUUGAAUGAUUAGUAACAACAUUUAGUUGCUGCUAUUCGUA